UCAUCUUCCUAAAGCCCAAUAAAUCUCAGCAGAGCAAACCUCUCCCGGAAACAAAUCUAGAGACGACGGAAGAACCAUGGGUCAAGGACCAUCCGGAGGUUUGAACCGCCAAGGGGGAGAUCGUAAACCCGACGGCGGCGGAGACAAGAAAGAGAAGAAGUUCGAACCUGCAGCACCACCGUCCCGCGUGGGGAGAAAGCAGCGGAAGCAAAAAGGACCGGAGGCGGCGGCGCGGCUCCCGGCGGUGACUCCUUCCACGAAAUGCAAGCUCAGGCUGCUCAAGAUGGAGAGGAUCAAGGACUAUCUGCUGAUGGAGGAAGAGUUUGUGGCGAACCAGGAGAGGCUGAAGCCUCAGGAGGAGAAGGCGGAGGAGGAUAGAUCUAAGGUUGAUGAUCUGAGAGGGACGCCGAUGAGCGUUGGGAACUUGGAGGAGCUGAUUGAUGAGAAUCACGCGAUCGUUUCUUCUUCGGUUGGGCCUGAGUAUUAUGUUGGGAUAAUGUCGUUCGUUGAUAAAGAUCAGCUCGAGCCUGGUUGCUCGAUCUUGAUGCAUAAUAAGGUUCUGUCUGUUGUUGGGAUUCUACAAGAUGAAGUGGAUCCGAUGGUGUCUGUUAUGAAAGUAGAGAAGGCCCCUUUGGAGUCAUAUGCUGACAUUGGAGGUUUAGAAGCUCAGAUUCAGGAGAUUAAGGAAGCUGUUGAGCUGCCUUUGACUCAUCCCGAGUUGUAUGAAGAUAUUGGUAUUAAGCCCCCCAAGGGUGUGAUUCUGUAUGGUGAGCCAGGAACUGGGAAGACUCUGCUUGCUAAGGCGGUGGCUAACUCUACAUCAGCUACUUUCUUGAGAGUUGUUGGUAGUGAACUGAUUCAGAAGUAUUUGGGAGAUGGUCCCAAGCUUGUGCGGGAGCUUUUCAGAGUUGCUGAUGACCUUUCACCAUCAAUCGUCUUCAUAGACGAGAUUGAUGCUGUUGGUACCAAGCGGUAUGAUGCUAACUCAGGAGGUGAGCGUGAGAUCCAAAGAACCAUGUUGGAACUUUUGAACCAGCUUGAUGGAUUUGAUUCAAGAGGAGACGUUAAGGUCAUCCUUGCAACAAACAGAAUCGAGAGUCUUGACCCGGCACUUCUUAGACCUGGGCGUAUUGAUAGGAAGAUCGAGUUCCCACUUCCAGAUAUCAAAACCAGAAGACGCAUCUUCCAGAUACACACAUCGAAGAUGACUCUUUCGGAAGAUGUAAACUUGGAAGAGUUUGUGAUGACGAAAGACGAGUUCUCAGGAGCUGAUAUAAAGGCUAUUUGCACCGAGGCUGGUCUGCUUGCUCUCAGGGAGCGCCGUAUGAAGGUGACGCAUCCGGAUUUCAAGAAAGCAAAGGAGAAGGUUAUGUUCAAGAAGAAAGAAGGCGUCCCUGAAGGCCUUUACAUGUAAAAUCAUCACAUCAUCAUCAUCCUCUACACUUUGCCUUAUGAUACCUUCGCUUCUGCGUAGUAUCUUUCUGGUCAUCUAAUAUUCUUCGAAAUAAUAGUUCCUCUUUUUGAAUUUACAUACCCUACUUCGGUCUCGUGUUAAACUUGACUAAAUGAAACCAAAAUUACAUAAUAGUCUUGCAAACACAUUGGAGGCAGCAGUUUCUUUUGAUGACA